AACUUUACUGUCGUGGUUUUCAUUUCUUCUGAAGUACACAUUCACAUAAAGCAUGCUGAUCCUUUCAAAGAAGAAAAAAUGGUUAGGAUUAAAACACCGGUGAUUACAUCAUCUGUCACCACUUCUUCAUCAUGAUUUUGUAACCCGUUUUGUCAGAGAAAAUCACUUCCUGUGUAGGUUUAGCACUGCUUUAGAAACUCUACUCAUAUUUCUAAACACAACUCAUCUGCGAAGACGAAUAAUGGAGAUAGACACCAUUUAUGAAAAUGUUAAACACAAAGAUGUUAUAGACACACGUGGACCUCAAAUACAGAGUCACAGACAGGAUGAAGGACAAGCUCAGAAGAAAAGAGGAAGCAGGUGUUUGGUGUUGAUGACAGUGUGUCUCGGGCUCAUUUGUGUUCUUCUGCUGGUCUUCAUCACACUCCAGCACAUCACCAUCACAGAUUUAACAGAGACCAACGAGGAACUGAACAACAAUUCUGGGCACUUUUGUUUUUCCAUAUCCAACGAGGAGAUGAGCUGGAAUGAGAGCAGGCAGUUCUGCAGAGAUCGAGGAGCUGAUCUGAUCAUUAUCAACACUGAAGAGAAGCAGAGGUUCUUAACCUCAUUCGUAAAGGAGAGAGUGUGGAUUGGUUUGUCUGACGAGAACAAGGCCAACUUGACAUGGGUGGACAAUUCACCACUGAUUCAAACGUAAGACUUAAAACACUUG